GAAAACUUCUUUGGGCCCCAUAAACAACCACAGAACCACAAGUUGGGUAGGCUGGUAGUCUCAGAAGUCUGCGCCCGGCAUAGUGGUCAGCGAGCAGGACGAAUCACACUGACGGCAAACCACAGGGUUUCACAGAGUGGUGAACAUCACCAACCCACAGCCAAGACGCCGCUUUUUUUUUUUUUUUUUUCAAAUCUUGAACAAUUUGAAUAUUUUGUUUUCGCCAAGGUACAUGUUUCGCAGGGCUCAGGGAGCCCCAGAGGUGAAAGAAAUCAUUGAAUCCCCCGCCUUCAGAAGAGGGUGCAUUUUCAGGAGGAAGCGAUGGCUUCAGACAGCAUAUUUGAGUCAUUUCCUUCAUACCCACAGUGCUUCAUGAGAGAAUGUGUACACGGAAUGAAUCCAUCUAGAGAUGUUCACGAUGCCAGCACGAGCCGCCGCUUCACGCCGCCUUCCACCGCGCUGAGCCCGGGCAAGAUGAGCGAGGCGCUGCCGCUGGGCGCCCCGGACGCCGGCGCCGCCCUGGCCGGCAAGCUGAGGAGCGGCGACCGCAGCAUGGUGGAGGUGCUGGCCGACCACCCCGGCGAGCUGGUGCGCACCGACAGCCCCAACUUCCUCUGCUCCGUGUUGCCCACGCACUGGCGCUGCAACAAGACCCUGCCCAUCGCUUUCAAGGUGGUGGCUCUGGGGGAUGUCCCAGAUGGUACUCUGGUCACUGUGAUGGCAGGCAAUGACGAAAACUAUUCAGCCGAACUGAGAAAUGCCACCGCAGCCAUGAAAAACCAAGUUGCAAGAUUCAAUGACCUCAGGUUUGUCGGUCGGAGUGGACGAGGGAAAAGCUUCACUUUGACAAUCACGGUCUUCACGAACCCACCACAAGUUGCCACGUACCACAGAGCCAUCAAAAUCACAGUGGAUGGACCCCGGGAACCUCGAAGACAUCGUCAGAAACUAGAUGAUCAGACCAAGCCCGGGAGCUUGUCCUUUUCCGAGCGGCUCAGUGAGCUGGAGCAGCUGCGGCGAACAGCCAUGAGGGUCAGCCCACACCACCCAGCCCCCACACCCAACCCUCGGGCCUCCUUGAACCACUCCACUGCCUUUAACCCUCAGCCUCAGAGUCAGAUGCAGGACACAAGGCAGAUCCAGCCGUCCCCACCGUGGUCCUAUGACCAGUCCUACCAGUACCUGGGAUCAAUCGCCUCGCCUUCCGUACACCCAGCAACACCCAUCUCGCCUGGACGGGCCAGCGGCAUGACAACCCUCUCCGCGGAGAUUUCCAGUCGACUCUCAACGGCGCCCGACCUGACGGCCUUCGGCGACCCGCGCCAGUUCCCCGCGCUGCCCUCCAUCUCAGACCCUCGCAUGCACUACCCCGGCGCCUUCACCUAUUCCCCGACGCCCGUCACGUCGGGCAUCGGCAUCGGCAUGUCGGCCAUGAGCUCGGCCACGCGCUACCACACGUACCUGCCGCCGCCCUACCCCGGCUCGUCGCAGGCGCAGGGCGGCCCCUUCCAGGCCAGCUCGCCCUCCUACCACCUGUACUACGGCGCCUCGGCCGGCUCCUACCAGUUCUCCAUGGUGGGCGGCGAGCGCUCGCCGCCGCGCAUCCUGCCGCCCUGCACCAACGCGUCCACGGGCUCGGCGCUGCUCAACCCCAGCCUCCCGAACCAGAGCGACGUGGUGGAGGCCGAGGGCAGCCACAGCAACUCGCCCACCAACAUGGCGCCCGCCGCGCGCCUCGAGGAGGCCGUGUGGCGGCCCUACUGAGGCCCCAGCGGCGGCCGGCGGGAGGGGCGCCCGGCCCUGGCCCGGCCUUGGCCGCAGACGGCCGGCCCGCCUGGGCGGGGAGGCCGGGCCCGGGGCGGGAAGCGCGCCCCGCGCCGGGGGCCCUGGGAUCUCGCCCCGCUCCGCGCCGCCCCCCGCCCCCCGGAAACGUGCGGAGCGCCGUCGUGUGGGCCCGUCUCCCCUUUUCCGAACCCGACCCGACCUCCCCCCCCCCGCACCCCCCCCCCCCGCGAGGGUGUCCGCUCCGCCACCACGCGGACGCGUCGUAAGGCAAACAGGAAGAUUCCCAGAGGGAAACUGUGAAUGCUUCUGAUUUAGCGAUGCUGUGAAUAAAAGAAAGAUUUUAUACCCUUGACUUCACUUUUUAACCAAGUUGUCUAUUCCAAAGAAUGGAAUUUUUGGUUUGGGGCGGGGAGGGGUGGGGGAAUGCAGCUCCUCUUGUUUUGGUAUCUAAUUCAUAUUUUUAAUUUUCUUUUCCAGCACCUUAUAAAUUGCAAAAUGCGUAUUUGCAUUUGGGGUGGUAUAUAUAUAUAUAUAUAUAUAUAUAUAUAUAUAUAUAUAUAUUUGAGCUUGCUUCUCUCUUGCUUUGACAAUUGAAAGAAAUAUUCCUUUUUCUGUAAGUUUUAUUUAACUUUUCUUUUGGACUUUCGUGUAGUUGUUCUUUUAGAGAAACAGCUACAGCUUUGGGUCAUUUUCAACUACUGUAUUCCCACAAGGAAUCCCUAGAUAUUUAUGUAUCUUGAUGUUUAGACACUUACUUAUGUGUUGAUACUUUUUUUUAUUAUUUAAAUGUACUUAUAUUAAGAAGAAAAAUAUCAAGUACUACAUUUUUGUUUUUGAUAGUAGCCAAAGUUAAAUGUGUCACAUUGAAGAAGGCUGGAAAAAAAGGACAGGCAUUGAGAUGACCGGGUUAUCUAAAUAUUGUUUACAUUAAACUCCCUUUCAUGUUAAUCAAACGAGUUGGUAGCUAAUGCAGCAAUGUUUUUAAUAGGCUUUUUAGAUACUGAGGGCCACUCAAAGGAUCUGAAGUAUGGAAUUUUCGGCCAAGCUCAACAGAGGGUCUCCUAUCUGACUCCCUCCCUUGGAACAGAGAAGGUCAGAUCUGGUUCCAGAGGGUUCAGGUAGAUGCCAAUGAUUGCACCUCUGGAGAGGAUUUAUUUUCUGCCUAGCAGUUUGCUCCCUCCACGGGCUCUUGAUGAUUUCAGACAUGCUUUAUAACCGAACAAAUCCAAAGUAAGCUGUGUGGCAGAGAAGUAUCCACAUGGGAAGCCAGUGAAUGAAUUUAUGGGUUCCUUAACUGCUCCCUUCUGGGGUAGUAAGGAGAUCGUCCGAAUCCAGAGUUCAGAUUUUUUAGCUCCAAGAAAAUAGUCCUGUUUGAUACAGUCCCUGUUCGUUGCUGCAGAACAAAACGUGUGGCUGUCCCCCAAGGCUGGGAGUGGAAGAAACUACCGACCGGGUGCCUUUGAUGCCCACAGGUCUCCAGCCGAAGUUUCAGAGGGUGGGCCUAGAGGCAGACCUGAACAGGCCAGUCUCCCUGUGUGUGCCCAGGUGGAGUCGCAUGCGAAAGCAUUGUCCCGCCCGAGCCGGACUCCCGAGCCACGCUGCCCGUCCACCGCCCACCCUCGCGUUGCUUUCACCUACCUUGUGGGGUGUGUGUGUGCAGUUUUCUCCGUGCCUCAGCGGGACAGGAGAAAUUCGCGCCACCGCUGCCCAUGGCUACGAUUCAAAAGUAUCCAAUGUCACUGUAAAUUUUAUGGCACUAUUUUCAUUGGAGAAUUCGGUCAGAAUGCAGUUGUUGUACAACUCCUAAAUACUAACUGCUGAUUUUGACAUAUGUGUGCUCAAAAUGAUCUGGUUGUUAUUUAAUGUACCUCUGACAUUAGCUGAAAUGAUUUCAGGUCAACUCUGAAGAGUAUUUGAAAGCAGGACUUCAGAACAGUGUUUGAUUUUUAUUUUAUAAAUUUAAGGAUUCAAAUUAGAAAGAUCUUUGGCUGCAGGCAGCAAAACAGCUGGUCUUAUUUAAAACAACUUGUUUUUGAGUUUUCUUAUAUAUAUAUAUAUAUUGAUUAUUUGUUUUACAUAGAUGCAGUAGCACUUUGGUAAGAAAGAGUAAAACAGUUUGUUUUGUCGGUCAGGUCAUUCUUAUCUAGAAAAGAGCUAAAACAGAUCUUGGAGAAACUCAGAAUAUAUUCAUUUUCAGCUUAGACAUAAUCCUCUCUCCACAACUCAACUUGAUGUUUGAUUCUGUAUCACAUUUUUACAGCAAAAUUACCCUUGAAUGUCAGUAAAUUUAAGUGUUGUGGUUUUUUUUUUUUUUUUUUUUUUUUAUUUCUGAAAGGGACCUUCAGCCCAUUUACCAAAUCGAAUUGAAGCAUUCUUUUCAGCACAUGUGACCGUAUCUGACCUGACAAAAUUUGGGGGGGAAAUGAAGGAAAAAACAAUUUCUAUUUUUCACUUCAAUUCCGGUACCUGAAGAUAUUCCAACUGAAAACCAGCCUAAUGCCCAAGAGGGGGAAUCAGAGGAUCCUUCACAUUGGAUCUUUACUCUCAAAGGCAUGUAUGAGGAGGGCUUGUCACUUCGUUGUAGACCCACUGGUUUGGCCAUUCGGAGUUUCACAGUCCCUUACCAGCAAAUGUAGUACUUAACUGGUCCAAAAAAAUUAAGUCAGACGUUACUUGUUCUGGAGAUAGGCCUCACAUCACACUUAAUGCCUUUCCCCCUCCUGAGAAGUUGCUUUGGUUGCCUUCAGGUACAUUAAGGUGUCCCUUUAAACGAGGAGACCCUUAAGCCAAUAAUGUCAUAACUGGAUGUAUCUGGAAACAUUGGUCCAAGAGAAGAAAGAUUAAGCCAUUUCUACUGCUCAUUCGUGCCUUUAUAAUUUCAACAUGAACAUGCAUUUUCAUUCUUUUUGUUUUUCUCACUAUAUUUCUUUUAUUACUUGUAUUUCUUACAUUACUUCUAUUUCUUUCCUUCCCUGCGCCUGUAACAUCUUCCUCUGUUUCGCUUCCCUUUCCUCCUCCGUUCUCCCGCUUUAUUUGAGGAGACAGCACACACACCCCAACUCCGCACCAAAUGUCCAGAACACGAGGAGCUGCCGUUCUCCUCCCUUUGCAUAAAGGAACAUGGUGAGUCAGCCUUUCUCCUGCCCAUGGGUUUCUUCCAGCAGAACAGAGACCUUGCCAACCAUUUUGGAUCUGCCUGCUGUCCAAGUACAGCAACAGAAGCCUUCCUGGGCAAAUUACAAUCAGUGAGUUAAUAGACAGCCUUUCUGCUGCCUCGGGUUUCUGUGCAGAUAAACAGCAAUGCUCUGAUUAGAAAGGAAAUGAAUGGUUUCACUCAAAUGUCCUGCAAUUUAUGCUUGCAGAUUUCUGUCCUGAAAUACCUGCUUCCUUAGGACAUUCCGUCCUGGUGAUUCUUGUUUUUGGUGGGUUUUGUUUUCUGGGGUAUGACAUAUUUGGGGUCUUUUAUACAUGAAAAAUCAGUUUAACGAUAAUCUCAGAAAACGUUUUUUACAUCUGAACAAAUGCCUUUUUGUUUACCUACAGGAUACAAUCGUUUGGGGUUUUUUUGUUUGUCUUUUUGGAGUUCCCCCCCCCCUCCUUUUAGCCAGAUCAGUAUUGAUGAGGCUGAUCAACUGGCAUUUUUUUUUUUCCUUCCAGAAGAGUUGCAUCAACAAAGUGUAUUUAUGUAUGUAAAUAGAUUUUAAGCUUCAUUAUAAAAUAUUGUUAAUACCUGUAAUAACUUUUUUUCAAUUUUUUUGUGUGUGUUUCUAAGGACUUUUUCUUAUGUUUGCUAAAUACUGUAGACAAAAAAAAAUGCUUCUUUCUACUUUGUUUAUUUUAGACUUAAAGAUGAGCUACUUUUUAUUCACUUUUGUAAAGAGCUAAUAGCAUGGUUCCAGUUUGUUUGUUUUUUUUAAGUUCACUUUUUGUUCUAGGGGAAAUGAAUGUGCAAAAAAAAAAAAGAAAAAGAAAAAAAAAAGAACUGUUGGUUAUUUGUGCUAUUCUGGAUGUAUAAAAAUCAAUGGAAAACAAAAUAAACUUCCAAAUUGAAACGGCA